CUCAUUCUGGGCUUUACGCAGUAUGGCCGGCGAUAUUAGCUAGCAUUUGCUUUACAGUAUUCUCUGUAAAAGGGAAGACGGUUAAACCAAGAAAUUACACCUGGAUUGCUAAAGGACUGUACUUAUUACAUUAUAACUAUCAAACAAGGGCUAAUUCAAUUGAAUACGUAACCGACGUUGACUUUCUGUUGGUGUCUUGUCUCACGAUGGAAGAGAACGGUGCACACUUCUUCGAGGGAACGGAGAAGCUGUUGGAGGUGUGGUUCUCCCGGCAAGAUGAGACCAAAGGAACAGGGGACCUCCGUACCAUCCCAAGGUUUGAGUGGGACAAACUUCUGGAGAAUGUGCACUGUUUGAUCAUAAGUGUGACAAAGACUGACAAGCAGGAAGCUUAUAUACUCAGUGAGAGUAGCAUGUUUGUCUCCAAGAGACGUUUCAUUUUGAAGACGUGUGGAACCACCCUCUUACUGCAAGCACUGAUGCCUCUGCUGGAACUGGCCAGGGAGUACUGUGGCUUUGAUGCUAUCGAGAAUUUCUUCUAUUCUCGCAAGAACUUCAUGAAGCCUACCCAUCAGGAGUUCCCUCAUCGGAACUUCCAGGAGGAAGUGGAAUUUCUCAGCCAGAUUUUCCCAAAUGGAGCAGCGUACUGUAUGGGACGUUUGAACUCUGAUUGCUGGUACCUGUUUACUCUGGAUUUGCCAGAGUUCUGGGAGAACAAGCACGCAGAUCAGACGCUGGAAGUUCUGAUGAGUGACCUUGAUCCAGCAAUUAUGGAUCAGUUCUUCAUGAAAGACGGUGUUUCUGCAAAUGAUGUCACUCGUAUGAGUGGAAUUCGUGACCUGAUACCAGGUUCUGUGAUUGACGCCACAAUGUUCAACCCUUGUGGAUACUCAAUGAAUGGAAUGAAGACUGACGGAACUUACUGGACGAUUCACAUCACUCCAGAGCCAGAGUUCUCCUAUGUCAGCUUCGAAACCAACCUCUCCCAGACGUCCUACGAUGAUUUGGUCAGGAAAGUUGUGGACAUCUUUAAGCCAGGAAAAUUUGUGACUACGCUGUUUGUUAACCAGAGCUCCAAAUGUCGCAGUGUCUUUUCUUCCGCCCAGAAACUUGAGGGGUACAAGCGCCUCGACCGCCAGUUGGCCCAAUUCAACGAUUACAAUUUUGUCUUUACCAGUUACGCCAAGAGCCGCCAGCAGAACCAGCAGAGUUGAGGAUUAAGAAUGAAAAAGAAGCGGAAAAAGAAACGCGGCUGCGUAGCGGGGCUAGGCCCCCGCGGCGGCCAUCUCUCUGCCCUAGCAGAGAGGCACAGUCCCCUCUGCUGCCAUUGUUAUUCAGGAUUUCUUGGUUCCGACGAGGCCACAGGCCCUACUAGUGUAACCUCCAGUUUGAAUUGUAUGCAUUGUUGUAACUAUAACUUAGAUCUCUUGCAUGAAAGCUCUUUUCUCUGUUUAGAUAUUCUAGCUCACUCUUGCUGUGAUCUUGAAGUGCAUGCAGAGGAUUUAAACACUCUCUGUUUGAGGCUGGCCAGCCUUGCACCCUUCCUGCAGGUCUCCCCCCUCAUUCCCUACAGACAGGGCUUCCGCUCACACUAGUCCAGGGCCCUGACCUGCUCAGACGGGUCCUGCUGUAUUAUGUGCUUACCGACAGUUGAAACACAACCCCCCCCCACACACACACACACACACACACUUCCUUCCUCCCUAAACUGAUUUGCUGCUUCAUUGAUCUGUUGCAAGUUUGCAUCCUUUUUGUUUUUGACCUUUUGAGUGCAGUUUAAGAACACAUUGUUUUCAGCCAAAUGGAGCAGGACUCCUCAAUACCAAAACAGAAAACGCCAACACUUUGUCUUCUAGAAUGUUCAUGACUUUUGAUAUUUUGAGUGAUUAGAAGCAUGUGAGCUUUGGGCCAUAUACAUUUUUUUCUCAUGUAACAUCAGAGCCUAUCUAAUGAAUUCCUUGUCAAAUCAAAAUGCAAUACUUUAUGUUAGUGUUGCAGUACUGGAGGAUUGGCUAGAGGCUGACAGCUAGGUCAAUGUGAUCUAGUUGUUCUUGGCUGUAAACUGCACUGGAGCCAAAGGAAUUCCUGCUAGAAUUGGGUCAGAACACUCACGUUCAAUCAGCCAUGCUUCUUUCCGCCUCGACAAUCAUUUAGCUGUUGAAUGUGUCCACAAAUGGACAGGCUUUCAACUUGUCUCGGACAACAGUAUGCGUUAGAGUAAAUAAUUUAGGAUGUCCAGUUGGGUACUUCACGGUAUGGGAUGUGUAAUAUAUAUGCCCUUUUAAACCAAGGCUCCUUCUACAGUAUAUGGUACCAACAGGAUGGCUUUGAUUGUUAUAAUCCCCAGUUGUUUUAAAUACUCAAUGUAUGCAUUCAUGAAAAUUUGAUACAAAAUAAAAAAGAUUCAAACUUGAAUGUAAGAAUCAGUCGUGUAAGAACGAAGGCUGUGCCAACCGUGACUGUAGAGGGCGUUGUUUAGACUAGAGGAGCCCAUUGAGGGGUUUUAUAUCUGGAUGUAAGUGGCACGGAGACCUAGUAGACCCUUUGUAGCUGUGGUGUGGGCCACCCCCCUGUGCAUCUUAGUGCAGUGGUUGCCCAGCAAAGCAUUUCUUUAUUUCACUUUUUUUUUCUAAACAAUGUAACCCCCCCCAUACAGGAGUCGGUAAGCACACAAUAGAGGCCCACCAAUCUGAGCAUGCCAGGGUGAUCCCAGAUAAUUCCACAGAACUGUUUCAUAAACUGCCAUUUUAUACAUUUUAUUGUGUGCAGACAUUUUGCAGUGAAUUGGUCCAAAAUGUGACUCCAUUGCAUUUUUUUGGUGUACCAUCAAUGCUCUUUUGUUCAGUGAGAGAAAUCCUGUGAUACUGUGGCGCAGGUGACUACUAGUGCUGUAUUGCUUGACAGUGUAGUGUGCUGCAGUCUGUUUCUCCUGUGUAAGUAGAUCAAUGUGCGUCACCUUCCUCUUGUUUUAAUCAGCUCAAAUGUAGAUGGGACUGGGGCAUUCUGAUGUUGUACAUACAUAGCCACCUUACAGUGCUGAAGGCAUGCCCUUAUCUAUCUGGUUAGCAUACAAACCUUGAGAGGUUUGUAAUUUGAGAGCGGGUUUUGAUAGGAUGUUGAGGAUUGUUUUCCAUUGGCUGGUCAGUAAUGUUCAUGAUGCUUCCCCUGCCAGCGAAUGCAGAUUGAUUUUAAUUUGCAGACAGAGCUGGGGUGGAUGGGAAACGGUUUUGGGCCUGCCUUCAGAACUCCUGAGGGUUAACUGGUGCUGCUUUGCCCAGCUAGUUUAGAAGGCUCUUAGAACAGCGGAGACCAUCACAUGAUGGUAUACUGUAGUUAACAGAAAACUGGGCCUACUUUAAAAGCCGAAUGUGACUGACAUAACAAGUGGACCACUAGAAUGAGUACUUCAGUUCAGUUCAUGUAAGGACCUGGGCAAAGUUGAUAAUUGGAAUGGCUUUUUCUUCCUGAGGACCAACUUUUGCCAAUAGACUAUCUGAAAUGGUAUGACUCAUGUCUGUUUAAUGACCGGCCUCCACUGUGUUCUAAGAGCUGUAGUGACCGGUUUAGGGAAAAGGCACCACCACUGUUCACAAAUAUAAAGGUCACUUUUUCAUUUGUUUUUGGAUAAGUCCUAUUUAGACUUGAUCUGUGUAGUCCUGAUGGUUUGUAACUUUUUUUUUUUUUUUUUUUAUAUUAAAUUGCUUUUCUCUUUUCUUUUAAUACGAUAUUGACAAACGUUUUUGUAAGAAAUGCAUUUUUUGCUUACAGACCAACAAUUUUUUAAAAUAUUUUUGUGUUAAAAAUUUAUUUCUUCUGAAGUUGAGGGGUGACUUUUUUUUUUCUUUUGACUAAUUAGAUCAUGUAUUUUGUUUGCCUUACCAGGGGAAAGGCGAACUCCUCCCCUGAUGUGAGAGAGGGUGCAAUUGCAGGAUGUACUGAAGGAAACUUUGCUGUUGUAAUUCUUUGGAGGGUCAAGAUGUGCUAAAUGUAUCUACUCUGAGCUUGAUGCUUUUAAUAAAAAAAUAUUGCUCUUC